AUGGAUAGAGCCUCUAUUGGAGCGUCGACAGCCUGGUCAGCUUCAGCGUCCUCGAAUAGUGCUGUGAUUGAGUACAACCACCAGGACGUUUUCGACGAUGAUUCCGAUUACGCUUCCGGUUUCGACAGCUAUCCGUCGUCGCUCGUAUCCGGCGAGACGCACACCUACAACAGAAGUGUAAAUGGCCGGAAAUACUUCUCCCGCCGACAGGUCGAUUAUAGUUUCCCCCACGACGAGGAGGAGGAGAUUCGGUUAGACCUUCUUCACCGAGUCUGCACCUUAGCACUUGAGGGCAGAAUGUUCAAGGCCCCAGUAACUAAACCUCUAAAAAUCCUAGACGUGGGGACAGGGACAGGUCUAUGGGCUAUUGAGGUAGCCGAAUGCUCACGUGUUUGGCACUGACAUCGCCCCGAGCAAGCUCCCGUGGGCGCCGCCCAACCUGGACAUCCAACUGGAGGACAUCGAGGAGGAAUGGGUCUUUCCCGAGAACACCUUCGACCUCAUACACAUCCGGUCAAUGGCGGGAUUCAUAGCCGACUGGCCACGCCUUCUCACCCAGUCACUCACGGCGCUGAAACCAGGCGGCUACAUUGAAUUCCACGACUUCUCCUCACCUUUCGCCUGCGAAGAUGGCACCCUUCCUCCCAACAGCGCGCUUACCUUAUGGGUAAAGACUUGGGAAGAGGGUGCGGUCCUGUCCGGCAGGAGUUGGAGCACCGUUGGUCCAGGGAUGUCGGCCAUGCUGCGAGCCGUUGGCUUUGAGAACGUUGUGAACGAGGAGUACAAAAUUUCCACUACCGGAGCGAAGCCACAGGAUGCGAGGUUGAGAGAAAUGAGCAGGUGCAUGUUGCAGCAGGCGCUCGAUGGCGCGGAGGGUAUCACGUUGGACAUGUUUAUUCGCGUGUUGGGAUGGGACAAGAAGGAUGUGGAGGACCUUGUCACGAAGGUGCGCGGGGAGAUGC